AUGGAACAUCCGAAACAGCUCACUGCUACAUUCAGAAACCUGACCAAUGUGGAACUUUUUGGUAUCUUUCCGGAGUAUGAUCUGAGCUGGACCAUUUUUUUCCUUGAAGCUGCACCUGCACUGCAAAAUUUCAGAUUGUCUCGAGAACGGCAUUUGUGUACGGACUGUGCCAUGAAGACCAAUGUAGUGUGGGAGCCAUCCAAGGAUUUUAAGCACCUGAACUUGAAGUUGCUCCGGAUGUCCGGGUUCGAGAACGAAGACAAGGUGACAAACUACAUAAGGCUAGUCAUGGAGCAAACUGUGGAGUUGAAGAGAAUCGAGCUGCAUGGUGAAAACCCAUGCAAGAAAUGCGAUGCCAUUGACCCGAGGUCGAGGAGACCCCUGGUAGAUGAAGCUCGUAGGCGUCGGAUUAAGGAGAAACUUGCACAUGAGUCAUCCUCAUCCGUGGAGAUAAUAAUAAGUUGA